ACAGAAUCGGCGAUAAAUUACCACAAUUAACCAGACAGUGAAAUUCGUAGUUGCCAGAAUGUUCAAGUGACGAUGUUUUGGCAGAAAAUGUGGAUUUACUAAUCUGCGUUCUCUGAACCUUCUCUAUAAUUCUACGCUCUCUGCCUUCUUAUAAUAUACGUUCUCUGUCGCAAUUAUUAUCGUUUUCAUGUUUUGCUUUUCUCUAUAUUCUUAUUUCCAUUGCAGAGAGAAACGAAUUUAGAACGCAAAAAUACUUUAAGGAAAAACUGCUAUAAGCUACGGAAGAGAUGACUAUUUUAACGAAACCAUCCAAUGAGAAAAAAGGGGAGAAGGUACCACUGCCAUUGGCUUUGGGUGGCCAUGACGAUGCAUCAUCAUUCCGAGGAGGGGCAGCACACGGAAACCUUUUGGGUGCUCACUAUCAGGGAGACAUAGAUGGCGAAUCUAUGGUCUUCAAUCGCCCACCCUCAUGCAUCAAAACUGUGUUGUUAUUUCUAAUUGCUGUCGUAGUCAUGAUGAUGGGCCUACUUGGUGGAUUUACUCUAUAUCGCGCUUAUGCACCCACUACUUCGAAUUUACAUUACCGUGCACUUUGCGAUAUUCCAUAUAUGCAGACUGGUAAUAUAACUAUACCGCGUCUAUAUGAAGAACAUGAUGAGCUAGAUUGGCGUAACCUCUUUUCGCGUUUUACAAACUACAACGGGAAUAACGACUUGAGUGAUGAUUUCUUCCGUGAGGAAAUCGAUGUGGAUAUGAGCGAUUCUGAAAGUUUCGCAAGAAUUGAUGUACCCGAUUUCAAAGAUGGACGGCGGGGACGUUUUAUGCAUGAUUUUAAAAAGAAUCAAUCGGCAAUUAUUGAUACCACAGCAAAUCGCUGUUUCAUAAUGCCACUUGACCGUGACACCACAUUACCACCAAAGAGUUUUGUAGAUUUAAUGCAAAAGAUGGGCUCGGGAUACUACAACAUCGACACUGAUCGCGUACGUCGCAAUAUGCGUGUAGUUACCCCGCCAGUAACUGAUCUCUCAAUGAUCUCAGAGCGAAUUGCAAACGAAUGCUAUGAUAUGAGAGUUUACAUGAUGGAGAACUACGUUUCAGGAGUAUUUAAACGUGAAGCUAUUCCUGUGGCAGAAACUGACAGGUUCACUGAAUUCAUGGGCAAAGGUGUCGUUGAAUUUAAUUUGAUAAAUAUGAAUGAUAUAGAGGAAUUUGAACGCAAACAGCAGUAAAAUCAUUCAAAAUUUGUGUAGAAAUCUUAUACGUUAAUGCCGGUGCUUGCAAGCAUUUUUGUAGAAUGUAGUUUGUAUGAUUGUAAAACUUGAUGUUGAUAAAUGGACGGCUAUAUUUAAAUUUAAUAACCGAAAACAAAAUUUAUUUUUCAUAUAUAAUUAAUUACUCUUAUUGUAUAUUUUUAUUGCAAAUUAUUGUAUGGAGGAUAUAUGCAAAAUAUUUUAUAUAAAUAUAUUUGAUUUUUUUAUUAUUUCAAAAUUAUCAUUACUAAAACAUUGUAUUCCAUCGACUUGUAUUAAUUUUAUUAUUACUAAAAAUAUAUGAAAAUUAAUCAUGAUUUUUUAGAUAGAUUAAAAAUUGUAUUUUAUAUAUUAACAUCCGACUUUAUUAUAUUCACUUGCGUACAUUUCUUAAAUAAAAUUGAAAUAACAAUCAAAAAUGCAUCAAGUUAAGCGAUCAAGUAUGGUUAACAAAUUCAACAAAAACAAAAAGAAAAUUUAAUGACAAACAAUUUGAGCAUACAAACAAAGCAAAAGUAUUGUAUUUUAAAAAACCCGAAAUAUCAAUUAUUGUGCAUAAGAAACAAUUGCGUACCUAAAAGAAAAUUAAUUGUGACAAAUAUUAAAAUCGUGUAUGUAUAUCUCAACAUGCAUCUGUAUGUAAUAAACUCGCAGUUCGGCAGAAGUAACAUCUGUUGGUAUCAGGUGGUGGUAUGUUCAGAAAAUUAGUAGAGUCUUCAAUAAUAUGACUACAUCAUAAAAAUCAAUACUAAACUUCAUUGUCGCACUGGUUAUACAUUAUAAUUAUUUCCUAUUACAACUUUACAAAAGAUUUUAAGUAGUAACAUACUUUAUAUAUUCCAAUGUACUAUAAUAAUUAUUAAAUAAAAUAUAUUCGAAUUUUUCUUGGUCAAUUUUUAAACACAAA